CUGCUUUUAUACCACCACGCCAGUUUCCCAAAAACAUAAAUAAAUAAAUUCAGAUAAAAGUCUGGUUUUUACGUAAUUUAGUGACCAAGUGCCACCGACUAGUUAAUCAUGUUGUUUCUUCGGUUGAUUAAAGUGAUAACUAUUUUUUCUCUAUUAAAAAUAAUCGAAAUAAAAGGAUUAUUAUUUCAUUCAAAGUUUGGUUUAGAAGACAAUGCAACUUAUUAUGAUUUUAUAGUCGUUGGAUCUGGUUCUUCGGGAUCUGUUGUAGCAUCUCGAUUAUCUGAAAAUCCAAAAUGGAAUGUUUUAUUAUUAGAAGCAGGUACAGAACCAACAAAGUUAGUUGAUGUCCCAGCUUUAUGCGCUACUUUUCAAUUUACCGAUUAUAAUUGGGGUUAUUUAAUGGAAGAACAAGAAAAUAUGUGUUUAGGAUUAGAAAAGAAACGAAUGCAUUGGCCUAGAGGAAAAGCUCUCGGUGGAAGCACAAUAAUUAAUUACAUGAUUCAUAUAAGAGGAAAUCAAUUAGAUUUCGAUCGAUGGUCAGAAAAUGGUAAUAAAGGUUGGUCUUACGAAGAAUUACUUCCAUUAUUUAAAAAAUCCGAAGAUUCAUUUUUGAAAGUGCAAGACCAAGAGUACAGAAAUAAAGGUGGCGAGCUUGGAGUUGAAGAUGUUGCUUUUAGAACAAAAGCAGCCGAAGCAUUUAUUGAUGCGAUGCAAGAAUAUGGAUACAAAUAUGUUGAUUAUAACGGGGCAACUCAAAUGGGGGUUUCUUGGGUUCAAGCCACCACUAGAAGAGGAAAACGAGAACACGCAAAGAAAGCGUUUUUAGACGUAGCUAGGUAUAGAAAAAAUUUAAAAAUUAUUACAUCGGCGAGAGUUAACAAGAUAGCUUUAAAAAAAGGAGAAAAUGAUAAGUUGAGAGCACAAGGAGUUGAGUUUUUUAAGAAUGGUAAAAAAUUCUUCGCAAGAGCAAAUAACGAAAUAAUCAUUAGUGCAGGAACUUUAAAUUCGCCCCAAAUUCUAAUGCUUUCUGGAAUUGGGCCAAAAGAUCAUUUAAAUUCUUUAGAAAUUCCAGUACUUAAAGAUCUUCCCGUUGGCAAAAAACUCUACGAUCAUUUAACAUUUCUAGGAUUAUUAUUUACAAUGGACGGAAAUGAUUUAACGUUUAAUUACGAUGAUUUGUACGAUCCAAAUACAAUGUUGGAGUAUGUAUUUAAUGGUGGAGGACCCUUAACGAGUUUGGGUGGAGUUGAAGCUUUAGGAAUAGUUAAGACAAAUAUUUCGGAUGAUUCUAAUCCGACUUAUCCGGAUAUAGAAUUUAUUUUUUUGGGUGGUGGUUUACAUUCGGAUAAGGGGGAAAUUUUUAGGAAAACUUUUCGUGUUAACGAUGAAAUUUAUAAUACGAUUUGGAAACCUUUAGAAAGCAAACAAGCGUUUACUAUAAUGCCGAUGUUGUAUCACCCUAAAUCUUAUGGAAAAAUUGAAUUAAAAUCGAAAAAUCCUUUUGUAAGGCCGAAAUUUUACGGAAAUUAUUUUACUGACAAAAAUAAUUUUGAUAUUAAAACAUUUAUUGCAAGUAUAAGAUUAGCUCAAGAAAUCGUUAAAAUGCCUGCUUUCCAAAAGUACAAUGCGACCCUUGUGGAUACCAAAAUUCCAGGAUGUGAAAUGUUUGUUUUUAAUACAGACGAAUAUUGGGAGUGUGGAUUGAGACAUUUAUCGGUUACGUUACAUCAUCAAGUUGCAACCUGUAAAAUGGGAAAUAGCACGGAUCCUGAGGCAGUUGUUGAUGAUAAUUUAAAAGUUUUUGGGACGGAAAAUUUAAGGGUUGCUGAUCCAAGUAUUAUUCCAGAACCGAUAACUGCACAUACGAGUGUCCCAGCAUAUAUGAUUGGAGAAAAAUUAGCUGAUAUUAUUAAAAAAACUUAUUAAAAAAAAUUACCAAAUUA